CAGCAGCUAGGGUUGAGGGAGGCAGCAGCUCUUCUCCUCUUUGCUCCCAUGAACUGUCACUGCAGGGAAACUGGCUCUCCAAAGGGCUUGGUGACGGAAAGCAACAAUGAGCUGGAGGGUCUAGUAACAGCUGCUUGAUGCUGCUGCAUUUUUCUUGCACGGAAGAGUCUGUCCACUACUGACUGAGUCUCAGGCUGUUUUUCGCUGAUGAAGGGACUUGUCUGCUGAGAAAGAUCACUACAUCAUCUGCUCUCAGGACUGCAGAGACCAGGUGUCAGACAUCGACGCUAUCCCCAGCCAUGUGAGCUCCCUCGAACAGAUGGCUGCCCCAGAGCCCUAGGUCAGAGCUCUCCCACAGUGCCCAACAAGCUGUAGGGGACCCUGCUUGUGGUGGACGCCCUCGCAGAGCCAACUUGGCAGAUUUCUCUGGGCCACCAGGAGUCCGAUGCUGACAGGCACACCAGGGCAGCCCAUGGUUGUUGUCCAGAGCUGGGGCUACCUGUUCUUUGCAGCGCUGAGCUGGAGCUGCCGUGAGAGCAACUGUCUGGUGUGACGAGUGAGGGGUCAGACGGCUGAUGCACAGAGCUGAAGGUGAAGUUUCACUGAGGACAGGAUGGAGAUGGUGUGGCUGUAUGUGGUGCUGAUUCCAGUGCAGCACAUCCUUGCUGUGACCUGGCUGUACCUGGCCAAGCAGAGUUCCCUGCGUGGGGCCCUUCAAGACCCUGGUGGCUGCAAGGGUCUGACAGGGCUGGUAGAGGAGCAGAUACGCAUUUGCCAGCGGCAGCUGGAGGCCAUGGAUGCGGUGAAGCACGGAGCAGAGCUGGCCGUCGAGGAGUGCCAGCAUCAGUUUCACUCUCGCCGGUGGAACUGCUCCACCCUACAAUGCCUUCCCUCUCUCUGCAAACGAGUGCACCAACCUCAACAGAUGGGUGCUGUUUCUCACCCUGCUGCAGGCACACGGGAGUCUGCUUUCAUCCAUGCCAUCUCUGCUGCGGGCAUUGCCUUUGCUGUGACUCGGGCCUGCAGCCGUGGGGAGCUGGAGAAGUGUGGGUGUGACCGCAAGAUCCGAGGAGUCAGCCCUGAAGGUUUCCAGUGGUCGGGCUGCUCUGAUAACCUGUCUUAUGGGAUUGCAUUUUCUCAAGCCUUCGUAGACAAUCCUGAAAGGAGCCGUGGCAUCUCCUCCAGCCGAGCUCUCAUGAACCUGCACAAUAAUGAAGCUGGGAGGAAGGCUAUCCUGUCUCACAUGAAGGUGGAGUGCAAGUGCCAUGGUGUGUCAGGCUCCUGCGAAGUGCGCACCUGCUGGAAGGUCAUGCCUCCCUUCCGCCAGGUGGGCGAUGUCCUCAAGGAAAAGUUUGAGGGGGCAACAGAGGUUCACUCCAAGUGGGUUGGUUCCCGCAAGCUCCUGGUGCCCAAGAGCUCUCGCUUCAAGCCCUACACAGCUCAUGACCUGGUCUACCUGUUGGCCAGCCCAGACUUCUGCGACCAGGACCCCCAGCAUGGUGUCUUUGGCACCUCUGGCCGCCAGUGCAACCGGACAUCCCCAGCCAUGGAUGGCUGUGAGCUGCUGUGCUGCGGGAGGGGCUUCCACACAGCCCAGGCUGAGGUGGUGGAGAGAUGCAGCUGCAAGUUUCGCUGGUGCUGCUCAGUCAAGUGCAAGCAAUGCCGGCACCUCGUGGAGGUGCACAGCUGCCGCUGAGUGUGAGCAUGCUGGGGUGGCGGGAGGUUGACAGGGGACAGAGUGCCAGCACAGCAAAGAGGGACAACCACACGGAGCAGCUGGCGAGAGGACAUCCCACAGAGAGAGACACGCUGGGGGAAGCAGAGAAAGGACUUCUGAGGAGAUGUAGGGUGUUGCUGCUCUCCAGAGAGCAGCUUGUGGCUCUGGGGGUGUCCCAUAACCUACUGUGUGUU